AACUUGCUUGUACUAGAAAUGGAUGACAACCAGUUUUCUAGCAAUCUCCCAGAGCUUUGCCAAGGUGGUAAACUUGUAAACUUCACUGUGAACCACAACCAGCUCACAGGUACAAUUCCCCAAAGUUUGAAAAACUGUUCAAGCUUAGCUAGAGCUUGCUUUGAUGAAAACCAAUUCAUUGGAAAUAUAUCCGAAGAUUUGGGUGCUUCUCCAAACCUGGUCUACAUAGAUUUGAGUUACAACAAUUUUUCUGGUGAAUUAUCAGAAAUUUGGGGAAGGUUUCCAAAUUUGAGACUCCGAAACUUAGCGAGGAACAACAUCACUGGUAGCAUUCCACCGGGGCUUGGAAAUUCAAUACAACUACAUCGACUUGAUCUGUCUUCAAAUCGUUUAGUUGGGGAGAUUCCAAAGGAAUUUGGAAAGUGAGAAGUUGGUUUUAU